CCAGUUACUUUGUAGUUUCACUCAGAAAAACAUAUGGAGACAUUUAUACCCUUUGAUUUGACAACUGAAAAUCAAGAGAUGGACAAGGAGGAAACCAACACAAAACCGAGACUUUUAAAAUGUGAAGAGAAAAAAUACGAAGAUAUAAAACCAUUAGAGACUCAACCAACUGAAAUAGCAGAAAAGGAAACAUUGGAAUAUAAAACAGUUAGAACAUUCUCUGAAUCUUUGAAAUCAGAGAAAACAGAAGAUUACCUUAAAGAAAAUGUAACUCAACAACAUAUGGUUUCUCCAGAACCAGCUUCCCUUAGGGAGAAAGGGAAGUCAUGGAGAAAAAAGGAUCAAACUCAUGCUUGUCCAAAAGUUAGGAAAGCCAGUCCUAUGUCAUAUGAUAGAACAGAACCAAAAGAUGAUGAUGUGAUAAGAAAUAUUAUUAGGCUACGAGAAAAGCUUGGUUGGCAAACUGUAUUACCGCAGCACAGUUUGAAAUAUGGAAGUUCCAAAAUUGCAGUUCAGAAGAUUACUUUAAAGAAGCCUUUGGAAGAUGAUGGAGAAUUUGUAUAUUGCCUUCCUCGGAUAAGUCCUAAAGCCCUUUACAAUCCGUAUGAUCUUCAGGUAGUAUCGGCUCAUACCGCUAAACAUUGCAAAGAAUUUUGGGUUAUUACUGCUUCAUUUAUCUCAAAGGUUACUAAUAUCGUUGGUAGUAUAAAGGAAGUAGAACUCAUACCUACUUUGGAAUGGCUAUCAGAAAGAAGACAUUACUAUUUAUUACGUCAAUUCAAGAUAUUUUCUGAUUUCCGAAUGAAUAAAGCAUUUGUCACCUGGAAACUGAAUGUUAAAAGAAUUAAGACAGAGAAGAGCAGGUCAUUUUUGUACCACCAUCUUUUUUUGGCUGAUGACUUAUUUCAAGCCUGUUUGCUUUAUAUAAGAGGACUUUGUGAAGAUGCAAUUAAUCUCAAAAAUUAUAAUGACAGUGAAAAUAAUCUAUCUGCCAUAUGCCUUGUAAAGCUGGAUAGUUCUCGAACAUAUUCUCUAGAUGAAUUUUGUGAAGAGCAGUUACAGCAAGCUACCCAGGCAUUGAAACAACUUGAGGACAUCAGGGAUAAGGCAGUUUCAGAGAUGAAAAGUACUUUUCUAAAGGUUGCAGAAAAGAAUGAAAUCAAAAGGUAUUUUGAGUCAAAACUCUCUGAAGAUGACACAACACAUUUCAAGCUGCCUAAAUAUAGACAUUUAUUAGAAACAUUUUUCAAGUUUGUAAUGCUGAUUGACUACAUAUUUCAGGAACUCAUUCGUCAACUUAUGAACACUGCAGUCACACUACUUUUGGAAUUAUUUAAUGGUUCUGCUGGAAUGCCAUUUUCAGUGGAAAAAAAGAAUGAAAAUCUCAUCAGAACAUUCAAGGGCAACUCUUUUCCUACUGGAAAGACAACAAAUGAUUGUGAAGAACUUGUUGAUAAUUCAAAGACACAUACUAUUUCUGUUCAAAAGUCAGAAGUAAAAACAGACUCUGAUAUUAGUGAGAUUUUGAAUAGUGUUGAAGUGGGGAAGGAUUUGAGGAAAACGUAUGCACCAAUAUUUGAAGUAAAUCUAUGCUUGAGAAUUCCUGCUGAGAGUGAUUCUUCAGAAAAUCCUCAAGAGAACUUUCACGAGUCUGACCUGUGCCCUGAAGAGUGUGUAAUGUUUGAAGACGAAAUGUCAGAAAAUAAAGACAAUUGUGUCAAAAAACACUCAAGUGAAGAAUUGCUCCCAAAAGCCAAGAAACCAAAAGAAAUUAGUUACAAUCUUGAAGAUAUUCUUUCAGACACAGAAAGUGAGACUGAGUUUGAGAAUAAAUACAUGUAUUAUGAAUUUCCGGAAUUUCCUACAAAUCUCUUUGUAGAUCCCAACAGAUUGGAGUUUUCAGUAAAAAUUCAAAAUAUGUUGACUAAUAUGGAAAAAUGUAUAACCACAAUUACUCCUCUUUGCCAAGAUCCUCACCUGUCUAUCUUCAUUGAUUUGGUUUCAACAAUGGAUUUACCUAAUAAGACAGGAAGCAUAAUACAUUAUACAGAGCAGACCAGAUGGCCAGAUUGUCACAUCCUUUUUGAAAUGGAUCCUGCCUACCAAAAUAUAAUUGUGAAUCUCCUGACUGUUGUUGGUAAUUCAAUGGGCCUAGUUAAUGCUUACAGCUGCAAAUUUAUAAAGUAUUGUACCAUGGUAGAAAAGGCCAAAAUCAUGAGUAUGAAAAUAUCAUCUAUGGGAGAAUUAACUUCAAAAGAAUUUGAAGCUAUUCUAAAUAGAUUCAGAAAUUAUUUUAGACAUACUGUGAAUAUGGCCAUUGAGAAACGUAUUGGUAUUUUCAACGUUGUAAGUCUCGAUUAUCAAUCAGAAUGCUUACCGUAUAUUGACAACGUCAUACAUAUGAGUCACACCCUCAUGCGAUCUGUAAUUGAAAAAAAGAACAAAAAUUUAUUGGAAGUUGUGGAAUCAUCAUUGCAGCAGCUGGAAUGUGAUCCCACUGAAAUAGAAGAAUUCGUGGAGCAUUUUAUUUUUUUGAAUGCAAUUUCCUCAAAAAUAUCUAAAUUAGAAAAAGAGUACUUAACAAUUUCUCAGCUAUAUUCUGUUGUAACCCAUCACCAGAUCCAUAUUUCAGAAGAGCAAAUUGCCAUAUUCCAAGUUCUUCAUAUUAAGUUUAGUCAACUAAAAUCAUCUAUGAAGUUAAGUAUAGUAAAUAAAGACACUGCUUUAACUAAAUUCAGAGAUAACUUGGAAGCAUGUAUCAGUAGUCUACGUGUUGAUGUUAGCAAUUUAAAAGCCAAGAUAAGAACUCCUCUUUUGUUAUGUGCUGGUACUCAAGUGUCAACGGCAAUGGAAAUGAUCCAGACUCUCUCAGGGGAAGCUGCAAGUUUAACUAACAAAGCUAAAGCAUAUUCAAGCUAUCAGGAUUGUUUCAGUGAUUCUCAAUCUCAUAUGCAUUCUAUUAACGUGGAAGAAAUUGCACAGAUUUUGCUUUCAGAGAUCUCUGACAUUGAAUGUGACUUGACUUUGAGGAAAAAACUAUGGGAAGCACAAGAGGAGUGGAGGCAAGCCUCUUGGGAAUGGAGGAAUAGUUCUCUUCAAAGUAUUGAUGUAGAAUCAGUACAGAAAAAUGUUUCAAAACUGAUGCACAUAAUCUCGGUAUUAGAAAAAGGUUUACCUAAAAGCGAUAUGCUGACACAUCUUAAGCAAGUGGUAACAGAGUUUAAACAAGAGCUGCCUAUCAUUAUAGCUCUGGGAAAUCCCUGUCUCAAGCCAAGGCAUUGGGAGGCUCUCCAGGAGACUAUUGGGAAGUCAGUUCCCCUUGAUAAAAACUGUAAAGUAGAGAAUCUUCUAGCUCUCAAGAUGUUUCAGUAUGAAAAUGAAAUAAAUGAUAUGUCAACUUCAGCAACUAGUGAAGCUGCUCUUGAAAAAAUGCUAUUUAAGAUUAUUGAUUUUUGGAACAUUACUCCUUUGCAUUUAGUUCUUCACCACACAGAGAUUUACUCUAUCUUCAUAAUACCAUCUAUAGAUGACAUAUCAGCUCAGUUAGAAGAGUCUCAAGUCAUACUUGCAACAAUUAAAGGAUCUCCCCACAUUGGGCCCAUUAAGGAUCUUGUGAAUGAAUGGGAUCAAAACUUGACUCUCUUCUCUUACACCCUUGAGGAAUGGAUGAAUUGUCAAAGAAAUUGGCUUUAUCUUGAACCAAUCUUUCAUUCUUCAGAAAUACAAAGGCAACUCCCAGCAGAAACAGAACUUUUCUCUGAAGUGAUUUCCAUGUGGAAAAAAAUAAUGUCAAAAAUACAAAACAAACAGAAUGCUUUGCAGAUAACCACUUCUGCAGGAGUCCUUGAAAUUCUGCAAAAUUGUAAUAUACAUCUUGAACAUAUAAAGAAAAGCCUUGAGGAUUACCUUGAAGUUAAAAGAUUAAUUUUCCCAAGAUUUUACUUUCUUAGCAAUGCUGAACUUCUUGAUAUUCUAGCUGAUAGCAGAAAUCCUGAGUCUGUACAGCCUCAUCUUGUGAAAUGUUUUGAAAAUGUAAAACAAUUAUUGAUAUGGAAACAAGACAUUGGCCCUCCUGCUGUAAAAAUGCUAAUAUCUGCUGAAGGGGAAGGUCUCGUGCUGCCAAAGAAAAUUCGUGUAAGAAGCGCUGUAGAACAGUGGCUGGUAAAUGUAGAAAAAAGCAUGUUCGAUGUGCUAAAAAAAUUUUUAAGUCAAGGGAUUGAAGACUGGAACUGCCGGAAGUUUUCCCAAUGGGUGUUAUCUCAUCCAGGACAAGUGGUACUUACUGUGAGCCAGAUCAUGUUUUAUAAUGAUUGUAUUAAAAGUUUUGUGAGUUCUUAUUCAAGAGAAAAAUUGGAAAAUGUCCACGCUGGUCUGAUAUGUCAUCUAGAAGAGGUUGCAGAGCUGGUAGUGCUGGAUACUAGUAACUCUCGAACAAAAGCUGUACUAGGGGCACUGCUUACCCUUUAUGUUCACUGCAGAGAUAUAGUGAUAAAUUUACUACUUAAAAAUAUCUUCAAUGCAGAGGAUUUUGAGUGGACAAGACAUUUGCAAUAUAAAUGGAAUGAAAAACAAAAAUUAUGCUAUGUAUCUCAAGGAAAUGCCAGCUUUACUUAUGGCUAUGAGUACUUGGGCUGUACCUCAAGAUUGGUUAUUACACCUCUCACAGACCGAUGCUGGCUAACUCUCAUGGAAGCACUACACUUGAAUCUAGGAGGCUGUCCUGCUGGUCCAACUGGUACAGGAAAAACUGAGACUGUCAAAGAUCUGGCAAAAUCCUUAGGCAAACAUUGUGUGGUCUUCAACUGUUUUGAGGAUCUGGAUUAUAAGAUAGUGAGAAAGUUCUUCUUUGGACUAGUUCAGUCAGGAGCUUGGAGUUGUUUCGAUGAAUUCAAUCUAAUUGAUUUGGAAGUUCUCUCUGUCAUUGCCUCACAGAUCCUAACAAUUAAGGCUGCAAAAGACAACUAUUCUGCCAGAUUUGUACUGGAAGGAAAAGAAAUUCGUAUCAAUAUGUCUUGUGCAGUAUUUAUCACCAUGAAUCCCAGAUACAAAGGUGGAGUAGAGCUCCCAGAUAACUUAAAAUCUCUGUUUCGCCCAGUGGCAAUGAUGGUGCCCCAUUAUCAAAUGAUUGCUGAAAUAAUAUUAUUUUCAUUUGGUUUCAAAUCUGCAAAGUCACUCUCUGGAAAGUUAACUAACCUUUAUGAAUUAGCGCGCAAACAGCUCUCACAACAGGAUCAUUAUAAUUUUGGCUUGAGAUCUCUGAAGAUAGUUUUAAUAAUGGCUGGAACGAAGAAACGGGAGUUUAAAUGUGAUACCAGUGACAGUCUUUCUGAAGCAGAUGAAACGUUGAUUAUUAUUGAGGCUAUAAGAGAAGCUAGUUUGCCAAAAUGUCCUUCUGAAGAUGUCCCACUAUUUGAAAAUAUUAUAGGAGAUAUUUUUCCAGAAGUGACAGUUUUAAAAGUAAAUCAACUUGCCUUGGAGAAAGUAAUAUGUAUUGCAACUCAGCAAUUGGGUUUACAAAACUGGUCAUCUCAGAAAGAGAAGAUUAUACAGUUUUAUAAUCAACUUCAGGUUUGUGUUGGUGUGAUGUUAGUGGGCCCAACAGGUGGAGGAAAGACAACAGUCAGAAGAAUUUUGGAAAAAGCAUUAACACUAUUACCAAUUGCAGACUUCUUAUCAGUUGCAGAAAGAAAAUCUGCUUCAAAGAUUUCAGGAAGAAAAGGAAAAGUGGACAUUUGUGUUUUAAAUCCAAAGUGUAUCACUCUCAGUGAACUAUAUGGACAACUGGAUCCUAAUACUAUGGAAUGGACUGAUGGAUUAUUAUCAGCAACAAUUCGAAGUUAUGUAUAUUUUAACACACCAAAGAACUCAAAGAAAGACAUUGAUCUCAGACUAAAGUCAAGAAUCUCAGAUUUAUCCAAUGUUUUCAAACUUGAUGCCUCUGAUAUGACAGAUACUGAUGAUAAUAUUUUUGAGGAGAUAGAGAAAGUUGUUAAAAUUCCAGAAAAUCACAAUUUUGAUUGGCAGUGGAUUAUCUUAGAUGGCCCAGUGGACACCUUUUGGGUAGAAAAUCUGAACUCUGUGCUAGAUGAUACUAGAACAUUAUGCCUAGCAAACAGUGAGAGAAUAGCUUUAACUAAUAAAAUAAGAGUGAUUUUUGAAGUGGACAGUCUCUCUCAAGCCAGUCCUGCUACUGUCAGCCGAUGUGCCAUGGUCUAUAUGGAUCCUGUUGAUCUGGGAUGGGAGCCUUAUGUUAAGUCAUGGCUUCUGAAAACUUCUAAAAUUAUAAGUCAAUCAGGAGUGGAUUGUCUUGAAUUCUUGAUUAAAAAUAGUGUCACAGAUGGACUACAAUUUAUAAAGAAUCGUCAGAAAUUUCAGCCAUAUCCUAUGGAGGACAUAACAAUCAUCAUCACCCUCUGCAGAAUUCUUGAUGCUUUCUUUGACUUCAUGGGUAAAAAUGGAGGAUUUGAACAAAGUAAUGAUUUGAGUGACACAUCAUCUAAGGAAGCAAAUUCUCGAAGAGAUUCUGUCACAUUCAAGGAUAUAGAAAAGAGGGAUGAAAAUACAUGGUAUCCAGAGAAAAAUCCUGAUAAAUUAAUAAAAAUUAUUCAAAAGCUUUUUGUGUUUGCCUUUACUUGGGCAUUUGGAGGAGCUUUAAACCGUGAAGAUGAACACAGAGAAAAUAUACCAUUUUGUCCCAGUUUUGAACCUGAUUCUCUUGCAAAAGUAACAUACGAUUUUGACAAACUUGUUCAUGAAUUAUUUGGAAGCAAUUCACAAGUAGGCAUCAACCUACCAACUGGUGAAUGUUCUAUCUUUGGAUAUUUUGUGGAUAUAGAGCAAUGUGAAUUCAUACCUUGGUCAGAGUUAGUUCCUAAUGAUCAGACACUAAUUCAAAGAGGAACUUCAUUACUAACUAAUCUUCAAAGAUCUGGCGAAAACUUCUUGAAGAUAACAGAAUGUGGAGAAUACAUUAAUUAUACUGCUACCAGAGACACAACAUGCCUUUCUUUUCUCAUGAGCCUUCUUUUAAAGAAUUCCUGCCCUGUACUUCUCACAGGAGAAUCUGGUGUUGGGAAAACUGCUGCCAUUAAUCAAAUGCUUGAAAAGUUAGAGGGUCCAGGAGCAUUUGACAUAAAACAUGGUUCAAUUUUAGGAGAUACCCUAUUGUAUAGUGAAAUUAAAAAAUCAAGGUUGUUGAAUUACAUUUUAACAAUUUAUAUUUUCAUUAAUUUUCAGAGAAUAUAUAAAAAUCUUCAUAUUUUUGUGAUCAUGAGUCCUGAAGGACCUAGCUUCCGCCAAAAUUGUAGAGUAUAUCCUUCUAUGAUUAGCUCCUGCACGAUCGAUUGGUACGAGAGGUGGCCAGAAGAAGCUCUUCUUAUUGUAGCUAACUCAUUCUUAAAAGAAAAAGUCAAUUUUGAGAACAGAGAGAACUUGAAAGAAAAACUUGCCCCAACCUGUGUCCAAAUCCACAAAAGCAUGAAAGACUUGAACAGAAAAUACUUUGAAGAAACUGGAAGAUUUUAUUAUACCACUCCCAGUAGCUACGUGCAAUUUAUAGAAACAUUUGCACACAUUUUGAGGGCACGAGAGGAAGAGAUGCAAACAAAGAGGGAUCGCUUCCAUAUGGGUCUAUCCACAAUCCUGGAAGCAACCACACUAGUUACAGAAAUGCAAGAAGAGCUCUUGAUUCUUGGCCCUCAAGUAGAACAAAAAACAAAGGAAACAGAAACUCUAAUGGAAAAACUACGGAAAGAUUCACAAGUAGUUGAGAAAGUUCAGAUGCUUGUUAAACAGGAUGAAGAAAUUGUGGCAGAAGAAGUAAGAAUUGUGGAAGAUUAUGCUCAGAAAACUGCCAAUGAACUAAAAAGUGUGCUGCCAGCCUUAGACAAGGCAAUUGUGGCUCUGAAUGCCCUGGAUAAAGCUGAUGUCGCUGAAUUAAGAGUAUACACACGGCCUCCCUUCCUCGUACUGACUGUCAUGAAUGCAGUGUGUAUACUUCUGCAAAAGAAACCUAACUGGGCAACGGCAAAGUUACUUCUUUCAGAAACUGGUUUCCUGAAAAAAUUGAUUAACCUUGACAAGGACAGCAUACCUGAUAAGGUUUUCAUGAAGCUAAAAAAAAUUUUAACCUUACCUGAUUUCAACCCAAGCAAGAUUGCGCUGGUUUCUGUUGCUUGUUGCUCCCUGUGCCAGUGGGUUAUAGCUUUGAAUAACUACCAUGAAGUACAGAAGGUUGUGGGCCCUAAACAAAUCCAACUAGCUGAAGCUCAAAACGUCCUUAAAAUUGCGCGACAAAGACUGGCUGAGAAACAAAGAGGUUUACAGCUGGUUGAAGAACAUUUGCUGUUUUUACAGGCAGCUUACAAAGAUACCGUUGCUGAGAAACAACUAUUAGCAAAUCGGAAAAAAAUGGCCAGCAGGCGCUUUCAGUGCGCGUCAGUCUUACUAACUGUCCUGGAAGAUGAGAAGACUCGAUGGCAAGAAACAAUCAAUCAAAUAGAUAACAAAUUAGAAGGAAUUUUGGGUGACAUACUUCUUUCAGCAGCAUGCAUUGUAUACAGUGGAAUUUUAACACCAGAAUUUCGCCAAUUGAUUGUGAAUAAAUGGGAGACUUUCUGCAUUGAAAAUGGCAUUUCUUUGUCUUCCAACUUCUCUUUAAUUAAAGUUAUGGCACAAAAAUAUGAGAUCAGCCGAUGGCAUAAUCAGGGACUGCCUCAUGGUCAGUAUUCAGUAGAGAAUGCCAUCUUGAUCAAGAAUGGCCAGCAGUGGCCACUGCUGAUUGACCCACAUAAGCAAGCUCACAACUGGAUCCGUCAGAUGGAAGGAUCCAGGCUGCAGAAGCUCUCCAUUGAAGACAGCAAUUACACCAAAAAAAUUGAAAAUGCUAUGAAGACAGGAGGGAGUGUCCUCCUGCAGAAUCUCCUUGAGACAUUAGCUCCAGGCUUAAAGGCAAUUCUGAAAAAGGAUAUCUAUCAGAAAAAAGGACACUAUUUCAUAAGGGUUGGUGAUGCUGAGAUCGAAUACAAUUCAAAUUUUAGGUUAUACUUAUCUACAGAAAUAGACAACCCCCAUUUUCUUCCAUCAGUUUAUAACUUUGUUACUAUGAUCAACUUCACCGUAACAUUCCAAGGUUUGCAAGAUCAACUCUUGUCUACUGUGGUAACUCAUGAAGUUCCUCAUUUAGAAGAUCAGCGUUCCAAGUUACUGGAGAGUAUUUCCCUUGAUGCCGUAACUCUUGAAGAACUAGAGGAAAAAACAUUAAAUUUACUGCAGAAAGCACAAGGAUACGUAUUAGAUGAUGAAGAAAUUAUAGAUACCUUAAGAAAAUCCAAAAUGACAUCAAAUGAAAUUUCAAAGCGCAUCGAAGCAACAAAAAAAGCUGAAAGUGAAAUUCAAGCAAUACGUAAAAACUAUCUCCCCAUUGCGACCCGAGGUGCCCUGCUCUACUUUCUAGUAGCUGGUCUCACGCAAAUCAACUACAUGUACCAGUUCUCCCUAGACUGGUUUCAUCAGGUUUUUGUUUUGUCAGUAGUUUCCAAAAGCAAAGAACAAGAACAUAGUUUUAAAAGGGAGAAAGUGUCUCCAAAAGAAGUUCAUGAGAUUAUAAAUAUUUCAAAAGAACCCAACUUGGAAAAUGAGAAAAAUCUCUUAGAUAAGCAUAUUAAAAGUGCAAUAGAUGUGUUGACAAAAAGUAUUUUUAAGGUGGUUUCUUCAGCUCUAUUUAAUGAAGAUAAACUUUGCUUCUCUUUUCGGCUUUGCACUGCAAUCAUGCAAAAUAAUGCUAAUGGAAAUCUAAUAGAGGAUGACAUUGGAUUCCUACCAGAAGAAGAAUGGAACAUCUUUUUAUAUUCUGGCAUAUUGAUAAAUAUUAAAAGUGCAUUAUCCCAGUCUAGACUUACUAGCACAUUUGAAAUAGAUGAAAGUCAGCAUCUUCAGUGGCUGUCAGAUUCGAGGUGGAGGCAGUGCCAAUAUGUCAGCGCUCACCUGGAACCAUUUUCACUUCUGUGCAAAUCCCUUUUAUCAAAUGUAUCACAAUGGGAUACUUUUAAGAACAGUAAAGCAGUUUAUUCUCUGAUCAGCACACCUUUCUCUUCAGAAAAUGCUUCAUUGGAGGAAAAUACAAAACCACCAGAGGAGACUGAACUUUUGAAUGAAAAUAAAGAAACAUGUAAUCCUACAACUUUUCCCUGGGAGAAACUCACUUCAUUUCAAAGACUUAUUUUGAUAAAAAUUCUUAGACCAGAAAGUUUAAAUAACUCAGUGAGAAAGUUUAUAACUGAAAAAAUGGGAAAUGAAUAUCUUCAAAGAACUGGAGUUAAUUUGAAAGAUGCAUAUAAAGAAUCCAAUGCCAGAACUCCGCUGAUACUUAUUCAGUCUCAUGGGAUCGACCUUACCAAUAUCCUCCUGAGAUUUGCACAAGAGUUAAAAGGAACAACACAUCAUGUGACCAUAAUUUCUCUGGGCCGUGACCAGGCAGCAAAAGCUGAAGACCUCAUUUUAAAGGCACUAACGAAAACACAACAAUGGGUCUUCCUCCAGAAUUGCCAUCUUGCAGCCUCAUUUAUGCCAAGGCUUUGCACAAUUGUAGAAUCCUUUAAUAGUCCAGACAUGACAAUAGACCCUGAGUUUCGGCUAUGGUUAAGCUCAAAAUCAUACAGUUCUUUUCCAAUUCCUAUUCUUAAAAAGGGUUUAAAGAUUGCCGUGGAAUCUCCCCAGGGAUUGAAAAGUAAUUUACUUCAGACAUUUGGAUGUACUGGGAGUGGAGAGGUAACAGAAGAGAUAUUUGAAAAUCCUGACUGUGGACAAUGGUGGAAAAAACUUUUAUUUAGCCUAUGUUUUUUCAAUGCUGUGAUCAAUGAAAGAAAAAGUUAUGGAAUAUUGGGCUGGAAUAUUGCUUAUAAAUUUAAUUCUUCAGACUUGGGGGUUGCCAUUAAGGUAUUGGAAAAUUCCCUGAGAGGACAGCCCAGUAUUUCAUGGCAAGCACUGCGCUACCUGAUUGGAGAAGUGAUUUACGGUGGCCGGGUAAUUGAUAAUUGGGACAAGCGAUGCUUGAAGACCCUGCUCUACAAAUUUUGUAAUCCUGAAGUGCUGAAAGAUGACUUCAGUUUCUCCAGUGAUGGGAUAUGUCAACCAGUUCCAGGAUCUGCAAGCAUAAAGGACUACAUACACAUUAUCCAGUCCUUACCUGAUGAUGACCCUCCCGAGGUCUUAGGAAUACACCCAGAGGCCAUCAGGAGCUGCUGGGAGACCCAAGGCGAAGAGUUUAUUGAAAAUCUGAUUGCCAUGCAACCAAAAACUACCACUGCCAACCUCAUGAUCAGACCUGAGCAGAGUAAGGAUGAACUGGUGAUGGAAAUUCUAUCCGACUUGCUAAAGCGGCUGCCACUGACAGUGGAGAAAGAAGAAAGUGCUGUUGGAACUCCAAGCACAUUGAAGAGCAUGAUGUCAAGCUCCAUUUGGGAGUCUCUUUCUAAAAAUCUCAAAGAUCACGACCGCCUUAUCCAUUGUGUCUUACUAACCUUUUUGAAGCAAGAAAUUAAACGAUUUGAUAAGUUAUUAUUUGUCAUACAUAAAUCCUUAAAAGAUCUCCAACUUGCUAUAAAAGGAGAGAUCAUCCUCACCCAAGAAUUGGAGGAAAUACUUAACUCUUUUCUUAGUAUGAGAGUGCCUAAAUUGUGGCAGAAACACGCCUACAGAUCAUGUAAGCCACUGAGUUCCUGGAUUGAUGAUCUCAUCCAGCGACUGAAUUUCUUCAAUACUUGGGCCAAAGUGGCUUAUACUGCAAUACAGCGUCGGUAUAUGAGAUUUGUCACAAUUUGGAAGCAGUCUAUUCCAUCAUCUAGCCAAAAAUGCAAACACCCUGAGGAGUCAGAGAACAAUUUCCUUGAGGGGUUUCCUUCAAGAUACUGGCUGCCAGCUUUCUUCUUUCCACAAGCCUUUCUUGCUGCUGUGCUUCAAGACUAUGGGAGGUCCCGAGGAAUCUCUGUGGAUGCCCUCACCUUCACCCACCAUGUGAUUUCCGACACCACUGACAAGGAUGAGAAGUUCUCCGUAUUUAUGCCAAAGAAACUCAACAUAGUCAGGAGAGCAUUUAAGGGCUCGGGUUCCUCUCACACUGGAGUUUACAUUUUUGGUUUAUUCAUCGAGGGGGCAAGAUGGAAUCGCGAACAAAAAAUACUGGAAGACUCGCUGCCUCUAGAGAUGUGCUGUGAUUUUCCCGACAUACACUUUUUGCCAACAAAGAUUUCUACUGAAACACCAAACGCUUCCAACCAGACAGAUUCAGAAUGUUAUACUUUUGAAUGCCCAGUUUACCAGACACCUGAGAGGUCAAGAAUUUUAGCAACUACUGGUUUACCAACAAACUUUUUAACAUCAGUGUAUUUAUCAACGAAGAAACCUCCUAGUCACUGGAUCACAAUGCGGGUUGCAUUGCUUUGUGAGAAGAAUGAAAAAUAAAUGUCCAUAC